UUCUGGCUAGCAAAAAGGCGGAUCCCUCUCAGUUACCUUGCUUUUCGGAACUUCUUUUGAGUCUAUUUUUACCUGUCAUUCAUCGGCGGGUCGCGGUUACACGCCUCAUUCGGCUAAAACUGCUUUCGUACGAGUUAAAACGACAUUUUAUUCAGUCUAGUUCUACGACUGUAGUCACUGCGACGACGGAAAGAGUUUUCUAGCUCUUGCUAGCUAACUUUUAACGCACUAGCAUUCAACUUGACAACUGCCCUGCGGCAGAUCAGGAAAGGAGCAACACCCGGAGCAAACACAGGAAGAUGGCAGAUAAAGAACUGAUGUGGGCAUUGACGGCCGGGGACCUGGAUGAGGUCAAAGCCAGGCUGCUGACGGCUGAGGAUGUAAACCGGACCCUGCAGACUGGGAGGAAGCCUCUGCACUUAGCUUCAGACUUUGGUCAGACUGAAGUGGUGGAGUUCCUCAUUUCUAAGGGAGCAGAUAUCAAUGCAUUAGACAAACACGGGUUGAGUCCACUGAUGUUUGCCUGUUUCGAGAGUCACGUCUCCUGUGUCAAGGUCCUGCUUGAAAAGGGAGCUGACAAAGACCAAAAAUUACCGGACGGCACAACUGUCUCUGAAGCCAUCGAGAACGCUGACAUAAAGGCUCUGCUCAAGUGAGACACCACAGUGCGGGAGGUGGCUAGACAGGUGGGUGAACGGACAGACAGAUGGAUGCAGUGGUCCCCUGACAGAAGAUGGACUUGCCCCUUUUACCCUGAUCAACCUCUGUCUUAACACUGCUUUUGUCUGUUUGUUGGGGGUAAUUUUGUCUGUCUGGUGAUUUCCUUUACUUUGUUUUUUUUUUUUUUUCCCCUCCCUCCUUCUUCUGUUCUCCAAGUUUUUUGAGAUAGGGCUCUCUCUUCCUUUGGCCUCUGUUACUAGCCAUAUAACAGAAGGACUUGUCAGUUAUGUCUCCCUUAGGGACCAAACACUGGGGGAGUGCUCUCACACCUGGGACCCAGAACACUGCUCAAACUAGAAAUCACUUGCUAAUGUAAACGCAAAGCCUAGCACUUAAAUACACAUUUUAUACGCAAUUCUCUCUUAAAACUCUAAAGGAAUCAAACGGUAAUAGAUCAGUAGCGUGUUCACAUUUUUUACUACUUCAAUAUAAGUAUUGUAUGGCGAGGACUUAAUCUCAUGACCAGUAAUUGCACUGUACUAUAUUAGAUAGAGUGAAAGAAAGGUUGUAAAGUUUCAGUAUAUUAACAUUUAAUUGUGUGUGGCCUCUUCCUCUACCUUGAUUUGUUUUUUAACGGACCCAAACUGUCCCUCAAAUCUCGAAAUUUUGGAACGUUGGUUGAGAGAGGCCCAGAGGUCAGAUUUUUCCUUUUCUACUUGGCAUAUCACUUACAUAUCAGAUGGUGUUUUUUGACCAAUUUCAUGUUGGUAAUGCAUAAAAGAUAUUCUGUACUCUUCGACCAAUCACCAUGCUGGCUACCAGAAAGACUUGAAUGUUGCAGUUUUAAUAAUCUGUUACUGAAUCCCCUUUAGAAGCAAUGUUUGCAGCACAUAGCAGAAUAAGGAAUUUUAGAAACGUGUUAAUUUUGUCAUCCCUGCAGUGAGAUUUCAGAGCAAAAUUCCCUUUUUGUUGCAGCUUCUGUGUGUAUUUUGUAAUUGACGGGUCUGGGGACUCUGAUGGGUAAAUGGGGGUUAGAGUUGAAACUGGAUGGUGGGGGCUGUUGGUAUUCCCCUUGCCUUGGUUGUGGUUAGAAGCCCUGCCUGUUUUGCUGCAUGUUGAAAUUGCCUCUGCUUUUAAGCUAUGAAAUGGUCGCUGGUCUCUCUUGGUUGCUUUAAAAUGAAUAACUACAGUGUAAUGGACAAAAAAGAUGCUCUUGCUGACUUUGUUGUGACAAAAAGUCUGUAAAAACAUAAAUAAAAAUAUCGAGAAAA